GCCCGCGCAAGGUCAAGCGCUAGAGUCAUUGCUCUCGCGAUACAUCGGUACAAAAUGGUUAAAAUAUUAUUUUUCACAUCUCUUUUAUGUCUAACGGCUAACGCUUUGGGCAGCAGCGAUGACAAAUUUUUCAAAAAAUACGCCAUGAUGAAGAUUUACGAAAGUUGCUUUGGGCCCGAAGUAGUCAAGCAAAUAAGAAAAGAAAUGAAAGAUGCGUAUGCAAAAUGCUCAUCACCGCCAUCUAUGGAGGAGGCGCCGAACCAACAAGACAUUCCAUCAGCCUUGUUCGGAAAACUGCCGCCAGGGUUCGCUAUAGAUCCAAGUUCACAAACUAUCACUAAGCCGCUAGAUGGCCCAUUACAUAGUAAUGAAAAUGAGUUACAAAAGCCAGACCUUGGACAAAUUGGAGAAAAACUUGGUGCUGCCAUGGAUAAUAUAUUCCCUUUCAGACCCACUCAAAGACCACCCUUCCAGCCCCCGUCUCCAUACCUGAUACCCGGUGGUCAGUUCCGUCCGUUCAGCCCUCCGUACUACCAAUUCCCGUUUAAUCCCAUGUACUAUCCCCCUGCACCUCAAUACAACCCCUUCGCAUACCAACAGCAGCCUUUCCAACAACAAUACUUCCCACAGCCGUUGAUUGGAAACAGCAGGAUGUCGAGGGACCUAAAUCUCCGUGAUCGAUUGGAGUUGAUCUCCCGAGGUCCGAACGCGGGUCGCGUAAGGAACAUCACGUGUGUGAUGCAGGAACUGGGUUACAUUGACCACAACCUGGAGCCCAACUACGAUCAGAUCACCCAGCGCAUCAACAACCUCCCAGUAUCCAGUGAACUCAAAGGUGACAUCCAAGACGGUCUACAGUUCUGUCAGAAAUUCUCGCAAUGCGUGCCAGAUUCAAAGCGAGACGUGACACCGCUGUGGCAGGAGCUGAUCAAACCGAUGUUCUUCUUCCGGUGCUACAAGCACAAGAAGUUAGAGGCGUGCAUCAUGAAAGACAUCAGGGAGCGAUUCGCUGGUGAAGACGACCUGGACACUGAAAGUGGAUUUAGGUCUCUCUCGAGGGCCGCGAGGUCUCUCCGCGAAGAACCAAUAAGCGACCCUCGAUUGGAAGCGCUGGAUGAGAUGGCGGUGUACUUCUACGACUACCUCAGUGGAGGGAGCGGUCUAGACUACGAUCUAUACUUGUAAUAAAACAUUCACUCUCAUUCACUUCCGUUCAAUUCCAUUCGAUUCCAUUCAAUCCGUCUUUUAUAGAUAAUAAAUCUAAUAAGUCUGAUGAUAUUUAUUAUUAUUGUUUAGAAUAAUCUAGUUUUAGUUAUUUUGCUCAGUAGUUUUUAAUCUUGCCAUUACAUUUUUAAUCAGUCUCUGGCGUCAUUUUGGUAUGGAUUCGAGGGUGGUUUGCUACUGUUGUACAAUUAAUUUAUGUUUAUUUUUUUUCUUUUCUUGAUACGUCUAACAAUUGUACAUCGAGCAGCAAACACAGUUCUUGUCCAUGAAGCUGUUUAUAACAAGCUUUUUCGACAACAACCCUUUUUUAAUAGUUUUUUUUUUAUAAUUUUUAUAGAUUCACGGGAUUUAGCAACUGCAUUUAUUAUAUUUAAUACUAGUUGUAAGUUAUUGUUAGGUUAGCUACGAUGAAUAAAAAUAUUUUUCUUUC